AUGGCGUCGACGCUGCCAUAUCGACCGUCGAAUGAAACUCUGUCGACAAAUCCUAAGACGAACGGCCUCCCUCGACUGUCCCCCGCACCCUCCUUCGUAGGGCGCUCGCCCAGCGGCUCGCACUCCUCGACCCGACGCAUUUCCGCCGACAAUGUGGCCGGCCAUAAGCCUCGGCGAUGCAAAUCGCAAUACCCGGUGGAUUCGCCGGAGCGCCAUGUGGAAUACAUUCUAGUGGCCUCCUUCCACAUCGACCGGGGUCCGAUCAUGGAGCACCAGUAUCCGGCUGCGAUCAGUGGCGAUGAGAGCAUGCUGGCGGAGCUGAUGCUUCCAGAUCAAACCCAUGUGCGGAGUCAGGAUUGGACCAUUUUCUUCCUGCACAAGGACACAAGCGGUGACGAUGAGGAGGAAACGGAGGCUGGAAAGACGAAGAAAAAGCGCAAGUCAAAAUAUCGUGGGAACGAGGAAGGCGCCGACAUUCAGAAUGAGGACCCAGAUGAAGGCUCCGAUGGAGAAAGUAGUGACGACGAGGAAGAGGGUGGAGAAGGCCCGCCCUUGAUGUAUGUGUUGAACCUGGUGAACACGAAGCAGGAUAACACAGUCCGGCGCGGUGCUGUUGUCAAAGCCAUGGCCAUCUGUACAAGGCAUUCAUUCCUCCACAUCUACAAGCCACUCCUUCUCCUCGCGCUAGAAGAUUACUUCAAGUCACCCUACCCCGAAACCCUCGCAUCCCUCUACGACGCCGUGAAUAACAUGGACCUCUCGUUGAUGCCCAAGAUGUCCAUACUAGAGCGCCAUAUCCUACAGUCCAGCAACACCAAGGAGAUGUUCAUCGAGAAAUUCGAGCAGAUCAUCCGUCAGCGCGAGGAAGAAGAGUCAGAGGACGGCGAAUACUCACCGAAGAAAAUCAGUCGAUACCUGUUGCCGAGAGACACGCACGAGUUCGAAUCGAAAGUGGUCUACCACGACAUUCCCAUACCGGUCAAAAUUCCCACCGUGAUCUGGCCGGAGACGGUGGGUGACUUUUCCCUGGUCAAGCUUAUCCAGACGUUUUCUGGGCCUCAUGCCACCUCCCCUCAACCUUUCCCGAGCCAUCCUCAUUUGACCACAAGUGGCCCAUUCACGCACCCGAUCAUCGUUCUUGUCAAUGCAAUUCUCACACAGAAGCGUGUCGUUUUCCUCGGGCACAAUCGUCCAUCUGGAGAGGUGGCCGAGGCAGUCCUUGCGGCCUGCGCACUGGCGUCUGGUGGAAUAUUGCGCGGCUUCACCCGCCAUGCUUUCCCCUACACCGAUUUGACCAAGGUCGAUGAUCUACUCAAAGUCCCUGGUUUCAUUGCGGGUGUGACCAAUCCCACCUUCGACAAUCACCCGGAAUGGUGGGACGUUUUAUGCGAUCUCCCGACGGGUCGUAUGAAGAUCUCGAGCCAUGUUGAGUCGGCUCCGGUAACAGAAGGGCUCUUGUUUUUCCAGCAGCAGAAUGCACUUUCGCCAAAUCAUACAUCGAAUGUGAACUCGGAUCCGACGGGAGACAACCUAUUCAUGCAGGAUAUCCUGCGUAGCAUUGCCAAUCGUUACGGUGAGAAUGCGAUCCGUGCAAAAUGGCGGGCAUACAUCACCAAGUUCACCCGAGUUGCCGCCGCCUUUGAGGAGACUGUCUAUGGUGCUUCAAACCUCUACAUCAUUGGCCCUGGGGAGGAGCUUUCACCUGAUAGCCCCACUGGUCAACAGGCUGAUGCAGCAGACCCUUCAUCGCUUCGGGGGCAUGGCUACGUGUGGCCCGAUGAAAUUGCCAAGCAGCGUGAACUCUCUGCGUCGGUUUCACGAAUCGAGGGCUGGCGGAACACUCGGUCAUACUACUCGUACAUUCAAGACAUCGCCGCAAUGUACUUCCCUGCUCGUCCCAUUCAGCGACCCGACCUGCACCAUCAUCAUGACAGGCUGCGGACCUUGAAGUUAUCCCAUGCCGACUCUGCCGCUAUCUACAUGGCUCUUUCUCAUGCCGUCAAAGACUAUGCCGGUAUCUGCCAACUGUUGACAGUGGCACCCGAGAACCAGGCGGGUCUGUUCUAUCUCAGCAUGGGGCUCUUCCAUCCUGAUCAGGUUGUACGUGAAGCGACGGUCGACUUGCUGGACCGUAUCGCUUCACAUCCGGCCGGCCGUCAUUUCUGGACCCACCUAAGCCGCUUCGCGAAGCUGGGUUAUUUCCGGGUGAAGCGUGAUCGCGAUGCAGCCCAAAGCCCGAUCUCGGGUCCCGCUUCUCCCACAAUGACCAACCUUGGUACCAGUUUCGGCGGCGAGCCACAGAGCCUGGUCGGUGUUGCACUCGGGGCCAGCAUGUCUCGGAGAAGCUGA